AGCAUUGUUCGGACGUCGUGCGGAGUUAAUUUUUCACAGAACGGCCAUUUUGGAUUUCCAGACAUUAAUAAUAGAAUAGCUGUUAAACAAGUCAUAAAUUGUGCAUUAAUCUGCAAAUUGACCACUGCAGCAGCCGCACCUCAAAAUAUAUUCCAAAUUAUUUGCUUAGCUUAAUCGCUUCAUAAUACACCCGCUAGCACAUAAAUUCACAUCCCAAAUUUCCCCACAAAACAACAAAUAUAAAAGUUAUGGUCAGCGUUAAGGUCAACGGCAACUCUCAACAACAGCAUCAGCAUAAAUCAUCACAUUUUAAUAACGGUAACAAUCUAAAGGCAAACAUGGCCUUCCGUGGAAAUCAGAAUCGUAAUCGAAACUUCGGAGGUGGCAACAACUAUGUUGGCCAAAUGGGUGCUAGCCGCAUGGGCGGCAUUAACAUGUCGCCUUGGGAGUCUCAAAAUCCCGGCGGCGGCCAGUUUGGCAACAACAUGCGUCAGGGCGGUGGCCAAAUGAAUGCCCAAGCCAUCAAUCUGGCUAAUAAUCUGCUGAACAAUCUAUUUAGAAAUCAAAACCCACCCUCUUUGCUGGACUUGCCACGCGGUGGGGGCAUGGGAAAUCGCAAUCAGCGAGGUGGACCGAUGGUAAAUCGCGGGGGCGGUGCCGGCAAUCGUCUCAAUAAUCGUCGUGGCCAAGGAGGUUUCCAAAAUCGUGGCGCUGCUGGUGGUCCCAAGCCCCCCCAAAAGCAGGGUGGUGGCGGCAUUCGUAAGCAGAAUGCUUUUGAUCGUGCCAAGAAACUUUUGGCUAAAAAUGCCAACAAUAAUAAAAAGAAGGAAAAUACUCCUGGCGAAAAGAAAACUGAGAGCAGCAAGGAGUCUCCGUACGCUAGUGUACCCAAUGAUAUGUUCUAUUGCCAUCUGUGCAAGAAGCACAUGUGGGAUGCCACCUCGUUCGAGAACCAUAUUAAGGGUCGCACUCAUCUGAUGAUGCGCGAGGGCAUUGAGGAGAGCUACCGUCUAAAGGCCAACAUGAUACGUCAGGAGGCCAAGAUCGCCGAACAGCUGAAGUCCAUUGAGUUUGAUCGCUUGAAGCGUAUGGGCAAGAGCAAGCAGCGCCAGUUGGACUACUGCACGAUGUGCGAUCUCAACUUCCACGGUCAUAUUUCGACCCAUCGCAAGUCCGAGGGACAUUUGCAGUUGAAGAAGUUCCUGCACCCCAAGUGCAUUGAGUGCACUAAGGAGUUCGCCACGCGCAUCGAUUACGACACCCAUUUGCUGUCGGCCGAUCACUUGAUCAAGGCCGCCGAGAGCAACACCAAGGUGGGCGAGCGCAAGCGCCAGACUUUGCCCAUCAGCACUGAAGAGGAGGAGACCAGGGACUUGCGCCCACCACAGAAGCGCAAGAAGAAGCCUGCGAAGAAAGAGGGAGAUGCGGCUGAAGCUAAGAAAGAAGGCGAAGAGGGUGCUGAGGGCGAAGAAGCCGAAGCCGAGGGGGAUGAGACCAAGGAGGGUGAAGAGGCGGCUGAUGAAACCAAGGAGGGUGAGGACAUCAACGAGAGCCAAGAGGAAGAAGAGGUCGCACUACCCAUCGAUCCCGAGGACUGCAUUUUAGACUUCAUCGAUGGCGAUGAGAUCCCCAGCGAGGUCGAUACCCGUUUACCCAAAUACAAUUGGCAGCGUGCCGUUGGUGCCGGUCUCAUCUCCAAACUGGAGUGUUAUGAAUGCGCCGUGUGCGGCAAAUUCUUCGACACGGAAGUUACUGCUGAGAUUCAUUCACGCACUGCUACGCAUCAUCGUAACUUCUUGAAGUUCAUCAAUGAGAAGUCCAGCGAUACCAAGAUCGCACAGAAGCGCGCCGCCGCCGCUUUGGAGGAGAAUGAGCGCAAGAGAAUUAAGUUGGAGGAGACCGAAGCUCCAGCCGCUGAAGGCGGUGAGGGUGGUGAUGAGGCUGGCGAGGGCGCCGAAGGCGAACUGUACGAUCCAUCAGAGGCCACCGGUGAUGACGACGACGUCGAGAUGGUUGAGAACGGCGAAGGCGAAGAUGAGGCUGGCGACGAAGACGCUGGCAAUGAGGACAAUGCCGAAGAGCUUGAUGGCCAGGAUGACGAUGUAGUCGAGGUUACGCCCGAUCCACAGCCGGAGCCCACACCUGCUCCAGCACCAACUCCUGCUCCAGUGGCAACUCCUGCCAAACCUGAACCAGCCAAGACACCGGCUAAGGCUGCUCCCGCAGCUGCCACGACUCCUGCUCCAGCUGCUACUCCAACCGCAGCCACACCCGACCCCUCACCCUCUCCGGCCAAGAAGCCGGCACCUACACGCGCCGCCGCAACUCCGAAGGCCACGCCGCAGCGCAACCGCGCACGCGGCCGUUAUAAUCGCUAUUAGGCUGCAGUCUACCUAAGCACAUAAUAUAAAGUAAUAAUUAACAAUAUUUAAUUACUAUAUUUGCACUUACUGCAUAUUCAAUGAAAUAUUUCCAUUUUUUAAAGAAAUCUAUUCUACCAGCAAGUCAUCCAAAUUUAAUUACAUGUUUGUUUGGUUCUUUUUUUUUUGACAAUUUAGAAACAUUUUGCAUAAACUUUCCAGAAUCACGUACUAUAUUCAUUGCUGUACACAACACGAAUUGACAGCUGCAAAGACAAACAAAAAUACAUUUGAUUGAUUCUACUAACACGACAGAGGAGUCCAUAUUUAAGAAUAAAAUAAUAUUCAAAUUACCAUAUUUAUGACUUCAAAUGAAUAAACAAAAAUUAUAGCUGUAAACAAACAAA